ACAGGCGUUUCCAUCACCACGGCAAGUUGAGGAGUCUUUUGUUUUCGUUUUGCGACCUCUUUCAAUCCUCAUCCUUGUCCGAAACGUUGUCCUUGAAAAGCCACGGGUUCCUUGAGGACCCACUCACGCUCCUUAUUGACUUACGCUCACAAAGCAUAUACCAUUCGAUCAGAAACCACCAUGGACUCUAGAGGUUUCCCCGUCGACCACUCCCAUGCUCAUAUGCGUCUUCACAAACGCCAUUACCGCCGUCAACAGAAGGUCGACGACGACGACGACGAUGAUGAUGACACGGAUGUUCCUCCUGGUUUCUCGAUCUCCACGAGACUCCUGACGGAGACCUUCACGCUUUUGCGCACCACCAAGGUGGAGGUUCAAACCAUGCGUAUUCCUGUUCUCGUUACUUCCAUCCCUGUGAAGCCAAUCUCCACGCCCGCUUCGACUUCCGCUAAACCUACGUCGUCCUCUAUUGCUACCAGCAGUAGCAUCAGUAGAGCUUUACCCUUAAGUAGUACCGCUACCUCUUUAAGCUCUCUACCAGUUACUACUCCGUCUGCGACUCCGACCCCUACUCCUACUCCUACGCCGUCUCCAAGUUCGACUUCCCAGACCCAGUCUUCAGCCUCUACUACUUCAUCUGAUAUAGCUGCGGGUGCAAAGGAGAGCGACACUGCCGCUGCUUCGGCUUCGAAGGGUCUGUCUGGAGGUGCGGUCGGAGGCAUCGUUGCAGCUGCCCUCAUCGUUGCAAUAGCAAUUGCCAUCUUUUUGAUGCGCAAGGCAUUCCUGCGCAGGCGGAAGAAUAAGCGGAAUACUUGGGGUGCUGGCAUAUACCCGAAGCCAGAUUUAUCUCCCUACAUGAGCGAGAAACAAGUGGAUAACUAUGCACCUCCACUCCCGGAGAAGCCCCGUUAUACUCCCGCCACCACCCCAAUGGCAAAUCAGAGCGCGUUUGCGCUCCCUCCUCCCCCUCCGACGAGUUACGCUAAUCUGCCCCCUCCUUCACCAUCAAUGAUGGUGUCCCCGCCGCCCAUGCUGCAGCCGUCUUUGGGCUCCCCUGCAGUGCCUCUGUCUCAGGCCUUAGGUCCAGGCUCUCCGGUGAUUUCAGUGACACCUGCUACAGGUGUCCGUUCUACGUCCGCUUAUGCCUACGUUCGUUGCACGUUCCUACCUUCGCUGCCAGAUGAGCUGUCCAUCAGCACAGGCGAGAUGGUUCGCGUCCUAGGCGAGUUUGAUGAUGGUUGGGCUUUGUGCGCCAAUGCUAGGGGCGAACAGGGCGUUGUACCUUUGGAAUGCUUGGAUAAGGGUGGAAAUGGGCAGAUGCCUCAUGGACCAGUCCAAGGCGGGUAUCUUGGGCAGGGAACUGGCGAUUGGAGAAUGUCGAGAAGGGCGAGCAGCUUGUAUGCUGCUCAACACGGAAAUGCUGUUCGCUACUAGGAGGUAUGAUGAUUCAUGAUAUCCCUCAGAUUUCAGUUCUCACGCUGCCUUCACCAGAAUUCAUUGUAACCAUUAACUGUGCCAUCGACUGGCCUCACUGGAUGUUUACUUGUUUGUUUCCUACCAUCCAGCCCUCUUCUCGUUCACAUUUCUACCCUGUUCUCCAUACUUAUCCUUAUCAUUUAUAUUCAGCUAUUCCCCUUCCAUUCCUUUGCACUCACCAACAUACCCGUCACAUGGCUUUGCCCCGCUGUUCCGUAUCUAUCCGUGUCUACCUCCCAGGCGACACUUCACCCGAUACCCCGAGCCACGCGUAUCUUAGUCAAGCCGAUACCAAUCCCUUGUGCUCACGAUUCCCCUUGGUGCUCUUCCUAUUCUCCGUAAUGCCUUUAGCAGAUUGCCUUUUAACAUCUAGCGUUAUUUCUUUGACUUAUUUCAUGCUACGCGUUGUGAUGCCGGUUACUGUGUUCAUGCUAAGGGUGUGUGUGUUGUGUUUUGUGCCUGACGAAACGUCCGUUUCCUUUGUUGUUUGGGUCGUUCGGUUGUACAUGGUUCGGUUGUAAUUUUUGUAUCAUCAGCCAGGCUUGGUUCGUAUGUAGAUUCAAGCGAAUGUUCAACGUGGUGUACCCG